CUCAGGACGCGCAGGAGGCAACACUCAUUUAUCCUGGAGUUCUUUUAAGGCGAGGAGAAGAGGGGGGAAAACACUCGAAACAGUUCACUUUGAAAGCCUCUUGUCGUCCCACCUUCUGUGGAGCUGUCGGCGCUUUCCCUGACAUCCGGCGUUCAUUGGAGCAGCGGCAUUCACACAGGGCUCCCUGAUUGCCGACCAGUAGCGGAGCUGAAGCUUAACGGGGCUGUCACGCUGUCCAAGGAACACCCCCCCACCCCCUCCCACCCACUGUCUGAGGUGGCCAUUCUAGUAAGCAGUAGUCGGUGAGGAGCGAGAGGCCACUUGAUCCGAACAGACAGGUUCUAUCCCAGCAUGCAGUUGGUGUGUUAAGGAUGGAGGACUCUAGUUUGUGUCUUGGUGUGUCGUCAGCGGUGCCCGACGCUGAUGCCCAUCUGAGCAAUGCAGUGUUAAAUGGCCGCUACCCCAUCAGUCAAAAGCUUCAUCAGCUUACUGCCCAGCUAGGACACGCCUUUCCUGACCUGCACCGCCCACAACAGAUCCCUGAAGAGAAAGCAGCCACGCCUUUGGACGAGAAGACCCACCACACAGCCCUGGCCAGUCAGCCUAUCAGCAGUCAGAUGGCCCUGUUAGCCAACCAGCUCAACCGAGACAUUGACGCAGGGGCACUGAGCGGGUUGAACGGGCGUGUUGACCUGCAGCAGUUUCUCAAUGGCCAGAACUUGGGCAUCAUGUCCCAGAUGAAUGAUAUUGAAGAUGACGCCCGCAAAAAUAGGAAGUAUCCUUGUCCACUGUGUGGCAAGCGCUUCCGUUUUAACAGCAUCCUAUCACUGCAUAUGCGCACCCACACAGGAGAGAAACCCUUCAAGUGCCCCUACUGUGACCACCGAGCAGCUCAAAAGGGCAACUUGAAGAUCCAUCUGCGCACCCACAAGCUGGGGAAUCUUGGGAAAGGCCGCGGUCGUGUCAGAGAGGAGAAUAGGCUUCUGCAUGAGCUGGAAGAGAGGGCCAUCCUAAGGGACAAGCAGAUGAGGGGGAGCAGCAGUCUCAUCGUGACCCCUCCAACACCCCAUGUGAGCCUCAAUAGCAGCUCUAACACCCAUCAGCAGCAGCAACUAGGCUCAGCCUGUGGCCUUCUCCCACCCUCUGGCAUGGCUACCCCAGAAACAAUUUCCCAACCUUCGUCUUCACCCAAGCCGGCUGGCACCCAGGAUGAACAGUCCUUCAACCCGACUACAGGCUUCCGCUGUACCUUCUGCAAAGGAAAGUUCAAGAAGCGUGAGGAGCUGGACCGCCACAUCCGCAUUCUCCACAAGCCCUACAAAUGUACUCUGUGUGAGUUUGCUGCCGCCCAUGAGGAGGAACUGAUAAGUCAUGUGGAGAAGGCCCAUAUUACAGCAGAGAACACACAGGGUGGGGGGACUGCUGGUCCUGGUGGCACGCAGCCGGCAACGGAAUUCCGCUGUGAAGUGUGUAGCCAGGUGUUCAGCCAAGCUUGGUUUCUUAAGGGCCACAUGCGCAAGCACAAGGACUCAUUUGAACACUGCUGCCAAAUCUGCGGCCGUCGCUUCAAGGAACCCUGGUUUCUCAAGAACCAUAUGAAGGUGCAUCUCAACAAGCUGGCAAUCAAGAACAAGCCGAACCAGCCCAGUGAGCAGGAGAUGGCUGCCGUCAAUAGCAUGAACAAUCUUGCUCAGGAAGCUCAUGCCAAUCUGUAUUCCCGCUACAUCUCCUGUCUUCAGGGAGGGUUCCUGUCCCCAGAUAAACAAGGGCUGAGUGAGCAGCACCAAAUGUUGGCUAAGGCUGGGAUAGCCAUGAAGGAAAAGGAGAUGCUAGGGAAGCUGCUGGGGCCCAUGGCAGGAGGAAUGGGCCACAGUCUGGGCGAAAACGAGAAGCGCUCACUCCUGGGUUGUCUGAAUCUUGUGCCACCGCUGAAGUCGAGCUGCAUGGAGCGCCUCCAAGCAGCUGCUAAAGUGGCGGAGAUGGACUCCCUCAAUAGUUACCAAGCCUGGCAGAUAAUGGCUCGUGGCAUGGCAAUGGACAGGGCCUUCAUGCCCAAGGAGCAGCAGCACCACCAGCACCACAUACCCCAAGGGCAAGAAGAUGAGAUGAGUGGUGCUGGGGCCCUGGCUUCCUACUCAAAGGACAAACAAGACUACUCCUUGAUUGCUUCCAAUGAUAGCUCCAAGCAGAAGCAUCUCUCGGAGGCCUUGCAGGGAUCCAAGGCCGCAAGCGGAGCCCUGAUGUCCAUUAAGGAAGAUGGAAGAGGCUUUGAUGGUCACCGUGACUUAAUGUCUGUCCACGGCAACACAGAGGGUCCCGGAGCCCUUGCUGGCUUGGGAAGUCCAAACAUCGACUUCAGUCUCUCCAGUCUCUCCGCCAUGAAGGAGAAACCUUCAGAAUGCCCUGACUGUGGACGGGUCUUCAGAACGUACCAUCAAAUGGUCGUCCACUCCCGUGUUCACGGCAAAGACAGGCGAGCCCAUGAGGAAGCAGUGCAGCAACAAGGACUGGACGAACGCCGCGGAUCAGCGAGCGAUCCAGAGUCCCAGUCCAUCAGCCGCUCCACCACUCCCGGUUCAUCCAAUGUGACAGAAGAGAGCGGAGCCGGAGGAGCACACUCCCAGACUGGAAGCGUCCAGGAUGACAGCCCACAUCCCUCCUCACCAUCUUCAGAUGUUGGGGAGGACUUGGGGAAGGCGGCGGGGAGCGUUCAGCCGUCUCUGUCCCAGCAUCGCGAGCGAAGCGUGGCCUCGUCCUCUAAGGAUUGCCCCUACUGCGGAAAGUCCUUCCGCACCUCCCACCACCUCAAGGUCCAUCUGCGGAUACAUACAGGAGAGAAACCCUACCGGUGCCCUCAUUGCGACUAUGCCGGCACCCAGUCUGCCAGUCUGAAGUACCACCUGGAGCGCCACCACCGUGAGCGCCAGAACGGCUCCACCGCCUCGGCCCCAUCCUCUUGCCACAACGCUUCUUCUGACCACAAGGAGGAUCACGGGAAGGCAACCGGUGGCGGAAUCUUUGCCCGACCGGAUGUCCUCCGUAAUGUCUUCAAGAGCAUGCCACCCAACAUGGACUUCAGGACAGGUCCAUUGCUGCCCCAUCAGUGGGCAUCGGCUGGCAUGAUGUCCCCGCACGACCGAGAUCGUGAGCGCGGAGACCGCCGUUUUGAUUCCUCUGCUGAGAACAUGAAGACUGCCGAUGGCCAGUCCGCCCUUGUCUCAACAGCGCCAGAUAGCUUCUCCGACCUAAGCAGGGCUUACCAAAGCAUGAUGGGAAACGGAGUUCACUUUCAAGGUUCUCUCCAGGCCUUUAUGGACAGCUUCGUCCUCAGCUCCAUGAAAAAGGAUUUGAAAGACAACCAGAGUCAAGCCCAGCUCCAGGCCCAGCUCUACCAUGACAACGGCGAGCCCAAAGCAAAGCGGGUCGUCUCGGCUGACCAGGAAGAUAAGGUUGAGGUCAAACAGAAACCAGCAUCUGGCAAACCUGGGUCGCAGUAUGAACCACUUGAUUUGUCUGUGUCAGUCCGGCCUGAGUCUGGAUCCGGAUCGAUCCCCGGCUCUACUACCACCAUCCAUGAUAAUGUGGCAUGGCAUGGCUGCCUCUUCUGUUCCUACUCCACCUCCUCAUUGGAGCUCAUGGCUCUGCACCUCCAGGCCAACCACCUGGGUAAGGCCCAACAGCAGCGGUCUGAGACAGGCAAGGAUCUUCAUGGAGAGACUUCUCCCAAUACUUCCACCAACACUAAGAAUGCUGGUGGUGCCCUUGACAAAGAAGAAGAUAGAAAUGGAGAGAAAAACCACGGAGGCUGGAACAACCACAUGGACCAGCCCUACAACCCCUUCCAGAGUGACUUCUACAGGAGGUUUGGUGGCAUGUAUGAUGGAUCCCAGAGGGCCAACCAGGGCCUUCAAGCUUAUUUGGGCCCAGCUGAGCAGGGUAUUGACCUACCUAGCCAGAUCUUUGGAGGAGCACCUUCAGCUGGAGAUGACCAUAUCGUGGAGAGGGGGGACACCGAAGACGAUCUGGUUGGGUCAGAUGACGAGUUGGUAAAGGAUGGGCGGCGCAGUGCCAGUGACACUCCUUCAACCACCCCUAAAAGACAGCUGCAACAGACUCACUCCGAUGAAGAGGAAGAGGAGCGGGGAGUGGCUGAAGAGGAGGAGGAAAGAGAUGAGGAUGGGCAUAUGGACAUGGAGAGAGAAGAACAAGAAAUUCUAAGUUCUGACCACCUCCAGAACCACUCCAAACUGUUUCAAGACAACUCCUCCCUGCCCCCAAGGAGUGGUUUGGCAGCAUCUACCAUGACACCACUGUCUAUGGUUCCCCAAUCCAAGAACCAAGCUUUGCCACUGGAGAAACAAUGGCAGCAAGGCCUGGCCCUCUUGUCUCCCGGAGGGCCUCCCGGACUCUUGAAAGCUGAGCAGCAGAGCCACCUAGAGCAGCAGAUGAACAUGCUGUCUGUCCUAAGAGCCUACAGCAAUGACAACCUUCCCGCAUUCAAUGGCCUGGGAGGCGGAGCACCUACAGGGGGCAUGAAGAGGCCAGAUGCACCUGUGCAUCUCUGGGUAGGAGAGGAGGACCAGCCAAUGACCCACGACCCCGUGCUGACCCACGACCCCAACCAUCUUAACAACGACCUUAACCACCCUAACAACCAUAACCUAGGCGACCCCGAGGGGCUGGACGCCCACGCUGUAAACAAAGACUAACGGCCCCGCACCGGAGCAAUGCAGGAUGAUGAGGAUGAUGAUGAUGAAGGCGAUGGUGGUGAGGAGAAUGAAGGAUAAAUGAAGGAGUACACUAUAACAAAGACUUUAUUUAAGAUGAAAAAAAAAAACACAUACUACCGUCAGAGUCAAGAGAAGGCGAGAACUAUAUGAAGGAACAGUUAUCCUUUGGGGAUGGAUUUGUGAGAUGCUCGGACACUAAACCAAGUGACGGCAGCUUUCCUGUUUUGUCUCCUGUGGUCUGAAUGCCCCCUUGUCUUUGUUGUCUUUCUCUCUUAUAAAAUGUUUUUUUCUUUCUUUCUUUUGAUGAAACUACCUGUCUGAUUAGCACUUCCUGUAACUGGCACCGCAAUUUCUUAUACAUUCCUUGAGCUAGAGAAGUUUUUUGUUUGAAAUUAUGACUAAAGUGUAGUGCUUGAUCAAAUGCUUUCAAAGACUCCUGUCGAAUGAAGAAGAUUUCACGAGUCCACGGACCACCGUUGUAUUGUACCUGGAAUGUAUUCUACUGUAAAAUAGAAACUUUACCGGGCUGUUGACGGAGACUGAGCACACUUCCUGUCAGACCAGCCCCCUUCUUGCUCUCCUUUCAGCUGGCAUUGAGUGACCAUUUAUGUCCCGUGAACCAUGCAUUGAUUGUGGUCACCUCGGACAGGGCACCAUAUGACAAUCUACAAUGCAAGAAGUUGACUCUUGAUGAUGGUGGUGCUAAUGUUGAUUGUGAAGGAGACAGAAUAUGAAACUGCCCUAAAUGUACUUAUGAUACUAUAAUCCCCCUCUCCCCCCACACACACCUCCAUAACCAGGCCAGUACAGGCCUUCUCUCUGCUAUAUGCCUCCCUUUUUGUCUUUUUUCUGUAUCACAGCGCCCGUAGACGCUUAAUGUAAAUAGAGAGAUAUACAGUAGUAAAAAAAAACAAAGGUUUUAAAGCAUUUGUGACAAGGAUAAAGCAAAGACAGUAGUUUACACGGCCACGUCCUCAAAAGGUAGGCGCUCUUCUAGAGUUUGACUGAGAAGAAUAAAAAAGAAAUAGAUCUUCAAAUGAAAAAAAAAAGGG